CUCAUCUAACUUGCUCAAUAUCUGCUGUUUACGCGCGUUGCUUUCUUCAUUCAUGUCAGUUAGGUCUCUGUCUCUCUCUCCCUCUUCCUCUCCAGAGUGUUCUCACUGUUUAUAUCUCUCGCUGAAACGCUGAGAUUUUUCGCUUUAUUUCUGAAGUGAUGCGUAGGCUAUUGUAGUUUAGUGCCGACUGGUUGUUGACUCUGUUUACUUGCCUCGCUUGCUGCGUCUCUUCUCCUGAACACUACAACUGGGAUCCAUUUAUUUUCCGAUGUGAAAAAUCAUUUUGAUAUUCAUCUUAGGAAUCCAGGUGUGCAGCUCUCUUUACUGGUUGAUCAGAGGGAAGUUUUAGGAAAUUGUCCGAGGGUUUUGAAGAAGAAAUGGCUUACAAUAGAAGAGGGUCUGAUCAGCCACCGCAGAGGCGGAUUCUGCGGACUCAGACCGCUGGUAACUUGGGAGAGACCAUGAUGGAUAGUGAGGUGGUGCCGUCAUCACUGGUUGAGAUUGCUCCAAUUCUCCGGGUCGCCAAUGAAGUCGAGCCCCACAAUCCUCGCGUGGCUUAUCUCUGUCGGUUCUAUGCUUUUGAAAAAGCUCACAGACUAGAUCAAACAUCAAGCGGACGUGGAGUUCGUCAAUUCAAAACUGCUCUCCUUCAACGCCUAGAAAGGGAAAAUGAAACAACAUUAGCAGGAAAGACAAAAAGUGAUGCUCGUGAAAUGCAAAGUUUUUAUCAGCAUUACUACAAAAAAUAUAUCCAGGCUUUGCAGAAUGCAGCUGAUAAAACAGAUCGUGCUCGGCUUACAAAAGCAUAUCAAACUGCUGCUGUUCUGUUUGAGGUUUUGAAGGCUGUUAAUCUCACAGAAUCUGUUGAAGUGGCCGAUGAGAUUUUGGAAGCUCAUAAUAAGGUUGCAGAAAAGACAGAGAUAUAUGUGCCUUACAAUAUACUUCCUCUUGAUCCUGACAGCUCAAAUCAAGCAAUUAUGAAAUACCCUGAGAUACAAGCUUCUGUUUCGGCACUUCGAAAUACCCGAGGCCUACCAUGGCCCAAGGGGCACAAAAAGAAAGCAGAUGAAGACAUUCUGGAUUGGCUUCAAGCUAUGUUUGGGUUUCAGAAGGAUAAUGUGGCAAAUCAAAGGGAGCAUUUAAUUCUGUUACUAGCCAAUGUCCACAUUCGGAAAUUUCAGAAGCCUGAUCAGCAACCUAGGUUGGAUGACCAAGCACUUACAGACGUCAUGAAGCAACUUUUCAAGAACUACAAAAAAUGGUGCAAGUAUUUGGGUCGCAAAAGUAGCCUUUGGUUGCCAACUAUUCAACAGGAAGUGCAGCAAAGAAAAUUACUGUACAUGGGACUGUAUCUUCUCAUAUGGGGUGAAGCUGCAAAUUUGAGAUUUAUGCCAGAAUGCCUAUGCUAUAUUUAUCAUCAUAUGGCAUUUGAACUGUAUGGUAUGCUUGCCGGUAGUGUAAGCUCAAUGACAGGCGAACACAUUAAGCCUGCAUAUGGUGGCGAAGAGGAGGUUUUUUUAAAGAAAGUUGUAACUCCAAUCUAUAACGUGAUAGCACAGGAAUCCCGGAGGUGCAAAGGAGGAAAGAGUAAACACUCUCAGUGGAGGAACUAUGAUGACUUGAAUGAAUACUUUUGGUCGCUUGAUUGUUUCCGGCUGGGUUGGCCAAUGCGUGCUGAUGCUGAUUUCUUUUGCCUACAUGUUGAACAGCCUCUAGCUAAUAAGAGUGAGGAUAUCAAACCAACUACUGGGAAUCAAUGGACAAGAAAAAUUAAUUUUGUUGAGAUAUGCACAUUUUUGCAUAUUUUUAGGAGUUUUGAUAGAAUGUGGAGCUUCUUUAUCUUGUCUUUACAGGCAAUGAUCAUCAUUGCUUGGAAUGGAUCGGGAAAGCUGAGUUCUAUAUUCGAGGCUGAUGUGUUCAAGAGAGUAUUGAGCAUCUUUAUUACUGCUGCAAUAUUAAAACUUGCACAAGCUGUCCUUGAUAUAAUUAUGAGCUGGAAGGCCAGACAUAGCAUGUCAUUGCCUGUCAAGCUAAGAUAUAUUUUGAAGGCUGUUUCUGCUGCUGCUUGGGUGAUAGUUUUACCAGUAACUUAUGCAUACAGUUGGAAAAAUCCUCCUGGAUUUGCGCAGACAAUUAGAAGUUGGUUUGGCAAUAGUCCAAGUUCACCUUCUCUGUUCAUAUUGGCAGUUGUAAUUUACUUAUCUCCAAAUAUGCUGUCUACGUUGUUGUUUGUGUUUCCAUUCAUUCGCCGAUAUCUGGAACGGUCUGACUAUAAGAUCAUGAUGUUCAUUAUGUGGUGGUCUCAGCCACGGCUCUAUGUUGGAAGGGGAAUGCAUGAAGAUGCAGCAUCUCUUCUCAAGUACACUAUGUUUUGGGUUCUCCUCAUUGCAGCAAAGUUAGCAUUUAGCUAUUUUGCAGAGAUAAAGCCUCUUGUGGGUCCUACAAAAGAUAUCAUGAGAGUUCAUAUAAAAACUUACCAAUGGCAUGAGUUCUUCCCUCGAGCCAAGAGCAAUAUUGGUGUUGUGAUUGCACUCUGGGCACCUAUUAUCCUUGUCUAUUUCAUGGAUACACAAAUAUGGUAUGCUAUUUUCUCCACAAUUUUCGGAGGUAUAUAUGGUGCAUUUCGUCGUCUUGGAGAGAUUCGUACACUGGGGAUGCUGAGGUCCCGCUUUCAAUCAUUGCCUGGUGCAUUCAAUGCCCGCUUGGUUCCACUGGAGAAGAAUGAGAAGCCUAAGAAGGGACUCAAACCUACAUUAUCUCGCAAUUUUGAUGAGAUCUCUAACAAAGGGAAGGAGGCAGCAAAAUUUGCUCAGUUGUGGAAUAAAAUAAUUGCUAGCUUCAGAGAUGAGGAUCUAAUAGAUAACAGAGAAAUGAACCUGUUGCUUGUUCCAUAUUGGGCUGACCGUGAUUUGGACCUUAUCCAGUGGCCUCCCUUUUUACUUGCUAGCAAGCUUCCCAUAGCAUUGGAUAUGGCAAAAGAUAGCAAUGGGAGAGACCGUGAGCUGAAAAAGAGGUUGAACGCAGACCACUAUAUGCUCUGUGCUGUCCAGGAAUGUUAUGCUUCAUUUAAAAACAUUAUCAAACACUUGGUUUUAGGUGAACGUGAACAAGAUGUUAUCAAUGAAAUUUUCUCCAAAGUGGAUCAGCAUAUAAAAGAAGAUAAUCUGAUAAGUGAAUUAAAAAUGAGUGCUCUGCCUGGCCUUUAUGAACAAUUUGUUCAGCUUAUCGACUAUCUGAGUAAAAACAGAAAAGAAGACAAGGACCAGGUUGUCAUUGUGUUGCUCAACAUGCUUGAGAUUGUGACCCGAGACAUAAUGGAGGACCCACUUCCUAGUUUGCUAGAUUCGAGCCAUGGUGGAUCUCAUGGAAUGCAUGAAGGAAUGAUGCCUCUGGAUAAACAUAAUCGGUUCUUUGGUGCACUUAGAUUCCCUGUUACAGGAGAGACAGAAGCUUGGAAAGAGAGAAUAAGAAGGAUUCAUCUAUUGCUUACAGUGAAGGAGUCUGCUAUGGAUGUGCCAUCCAACUUAGAAGCAAGAAGACGCAUUUCUUUCUUCUCAAAUUCAUUAUUUAUGGACAUGCCUACAGCGCCAAAAGUUCGGAAUAUGCUUUCUUUUUCUGUUCUCACUCCAUACUACACAGAAGAUGUCCUUUUUCCAAUAGAUCUCCUGGAAAAGCCAAAUGAAGAUGGUGUUUCCAUCCUGUUCUACCUGCAAAAAAUUUUCCCAGAUGAAUGGCAGAACUUUCUAGAACGAGUUGGAUGCAGCAGUGAAGAUGAGCUUAAAGGAAAUCCAGAAGUGGAAGAAAAACUUCGCCUAUGGGCAUCAUAUAGAGGACAGACAUUGACAAAAACCGUACGAGGUAUGAUGUACUUCCGGCAGGCUUUAGAGCUUCAGGCUUUCCUCGAUAUGGCAAAGGAUGAAGACUUGAUGAAAGGCUAUAAGGCUGCUGAAUCAAAUACUGAAGAGCAGCUAAGGAACGAGCGUUCAUUGUUGGCACAAUGUCAAGCAGUAGCUGAUAUGAAGUUCACAUAUGUAGUGUCAUGCCAGCAAUAUGGCAUUCAGAAGCGAUCUGGUGAUGCUCGUGCACAAGACAUUCUGAAGCUUAUGACAACGUAUCCGUCUCUUCGUGUAGCUUAUGUUGAUGAGGUUGAAGAAACUAGCAAAGAUAAAUCCAAAAAGUCAGUUGAGAAGGUUUAUUAUUCAGCUCUUGUGAAGGCUCUGCCAAAGUCUGUCGACUCAUCUGAGUCUGGUCAGAGCCUAGACCAGGUUAUCUAUCGGAUAAAACUUCCAGGACCUGCUAUAUUGGGUGAAGGAAAGCCAGAAAACCAAAACCAUGCUAUAAUUUUCACACGUGGGGAGGGCUUGCAGACAAUAGAUAUGAACCAGGAUAAUUACAUGGAAGAAGCCUUCAAGAUGAGGAACUUGCUGCAAGAAUUUCUCAAGAAGCAUGGAGUUAGGACUCCAACAAUACUGGGACUUAGGGAGCAUAUAUUCACUGGCAGUGUUUCUUCCCUUGCAUGGUUCAUGUCAAAUCAGGAAACGAGCUUCGUUACAAUUGGACAGAGAUUGUUGGCCAAUCCCUUGAAGGUUCGCUUCCACUAUGGACAUCCAGAUGUUUUUGACAGACUCUUCCACCUGACCAGAGGCGGUGUCAGCAAAGCUUCCAGAGUCAUCAACCUAAGCGAAGACAUUUUUGCAGGUUUCAAUUCUACACUACGUGGAGGUAAUGUUACUCAUCAUGAGUAUAUUCAAGUUGGUAAAGGGAGGGAUGUUGGCCUUAACCAGAUAUCACAGUUUGAGGCAAAGAUAGCCAACGGCAAUGGUGAACAGACAAUGAGUCGCGACAUUUAUAGACUGGGUCACCGGUUUGACUUUUUCCGAAUGUUGUCAUGUUAUUUCACAACUGUGGGGUUCUAUUUCAGCACCUUGCUGACGGUGCUUACUGUAUAUAUCUUCCUUUAUGGUCGACUUUAUCUCGUUCUCAGUGGACUUGAAGAGGGAUUGAUUACCCAAAAAGCUAUUCGGAACAACAAGCCUCUGCAAGUAGCUCUUGCUUCUCAGUCUUUUGUGCAAAUUGGGUUUUUGAUGGCAUUGCCUAUGAUGAUGGAAAUAGGUCUUGAGAGGGGUUUCCGGAAUGCAUUGAGUGAAUUUGUAUUGAUGCAGCUACAGUUGGCUCCUGUAUUUUUCACAUUUACUCUUGGAACAAAGACCCAUUACUACGGAAGAACUUUGCUUCAUGGUGGUGCUCAAUACAGGGGUACAGGUCGUGGGUUUGUUGUGUUCCAUGCAAAGUUUGCUGAGAACUACAGGCUAUACUCUCGGAGCCAUUUUGUCAAGGGAAUUGAAUUGAUGAUUCUACUCAUUGUAUAUGAAAUAUUUGGUCAGUCAUAUAGAGGUGUAGUUCCAUAUGUAUUGAUUACUGUAUCAAUAUGGAUCAUGGUGGCGACAUGGCUUUUUGCUCCUUUUCUUUUCAACCCCUCAGGAUUUGAGUGGCAAAAAAUUGUCGAUGACUGGACAGAUUGGAAUAAAUGGAUAAAUAACCGUGGAGGAAUUGGUGUGCCUCCUGAGAAAAGUUGGGAAUCAUGGUGGGAUAAGGAACAAGAGCAUAUUCGUUAUUCUGGGAAGCUUGGUAUCAUUGCUGAGAUUUUGUUGUCCUUGCGUUUCUUCAUCUAUCAGUAUGGCCUUGUAUAUCACCUGACCCUUGCAAAGAAAACUAAAAGUGUUCUGGUUUAUGCUUUGUCAUGGCUUAUUAUCUUUAUAAUAUUGUUCGUAAUUAAGGCUGUGUCUGUUGGGAGGCGAAGAUUUAGUGCGGACUUUCAGCUUGCGUUUCGCUUGAUAAAGGGUCUUAUGUUCGUGACGUCCGUUUCUGUCCUAAUUCUUCUAUUAGCGCUUCCUCGCAUGACGUUUAAGGACAUCAUAGUAUGCAUUCUUGCCUUCAUGCCUACUGGAUGGGGGCUACUUCUGAUUGCGCAAGCGCUGAAGCCUGUGGUUCAACGAACUGGAAUCUGGAGUUCAGUUCGGACGCUUGCCCGGGGCUAUGAAAUAAUCAUGGGAUUGCUUCUGUUCACCCCGGUUGCUUUCCUGGCUUGGUUCCCAUUUGUCUCAGAAUUCCAAACUCGGAUGCUGUUUAAUCAAGCAUUUAGCAGAGGUCUUCAGAUCUCUCGUAUUCUGGGCGGACACAGGAAGGACCACUCCAGCAGCAACAAAGAUUAACUUACUGUUGUACAAACACCACCAGCCGUUGCAUCCCUGUAAAUAUACCAAUUCCUCCAUACUCGCUUGCCCUCAAAACAGUUCCUUCCUUCUGUAAAGUCAUUCUAUCUAUGGAAUAAUCAUGCAGAUUUUCUUGUAAACUUAGAUUGGAAAUGGAAAUUGGUAUAAUAUAAUUAUAAAUGUUCUAUAAGCUGUUUAUUA